GCAUAAACUAUUUCUUCAUUGGUAACAUUGACAAUUUUUAUACUUAGUUUUUCAUAAGCUUAUAAAAUUUGAUAUUUUUCUGCUUUUGGAGCCAUUCUGCUCUUAGACCAUUCUGCUUAUUGACUGGCCACCUGUAUCGUCACUUAGAUUACUUUAUUGAAAAAAUCCUGGCAAUGCACAUAGUUGCGAAAACGUGUGAAUCUUUUGUUAAAUAAAAAAUUCCUUCAAAUUAACAAUUGUGUUGCCUACCUUACUAGACAAGGAGUGAGAUGCAUCUUUUUUCUUCUGAUUUUUUUUCUAUUUUUAAAGAUUUGUAUGUGAAGCUAGGUUUAUCUGUUUCUGUUAAAUCUGCAUUGAAUUUUCUCAAGAUGGGAAAUAGCUCGUCCAAACGCGAUCGACUGGAGGCUUUGGCAGGUCCAUUUGAGCCUGCCAAUCAGUUGGCAUUUGAAAUGCAAUUGAGGUCAUAUUUGGAUGAGUCAGGGGCAGAAUCGCCAUCCCGAAGUGUUGCAGUUAAUCAAGGGGACGAUUUGUGUCCCGAGUUUUCGAGUGAUGCUCUCCCGAUUGUGUUUCGAUGGACACAGGGUGGAAGAAGCGUGGACAUCGUGGGUAGUUUCAACAACUGGUCAAAAAAGAUUCCCUUGAACAAGAGCACAGAUGAUUUUGUCGGCAUAAUAGAUUUGCCCGAGGGUCACCACGAGUUCAAGUAUUAUGUGGAUGGGGAGUGGAGAAAUGACCCGAAUGCACCGACAGUGCCCAAUGAUCAGGGCACUCUGAAUAAUGUGGUAGAUGUAAAGAAGUCAGACUUCGACGUGUUCCAAGCUCUUGAGUUAGACAGUAAAGACCAGCUCAGUUCCAGUCCGCCGGGCGAGUACGGUCAGGUGAUCCCUUCGAAACACGCGUUCGACCUCGGAAUCCCCAACGCACCUCCCUCCCUCCCACCUCAACUGCUGCAGGUCAUUUUGAACAAAGACAUAUCAGUGCAGUGUGAACCCUCCUUACUACCUGAGCCCAAUCAUGUCAUGUUGAACCACCUGUACGCUCUCUCAAUCAAGGACGGAGUGAUGGUUUUGUCAGCUACCCACAGAUUCCAACAGAAAUAUGUCACAACACUGCUGUACAAACCCAUCUGAAAUGGAACUGAAACUGAAAAAAAACCACAAUUGUAUACUUGAAACUUAGAAUGUAGUUCACGACAUAAACUAAUAAUCGUUCAAAGGCAAUUGAAUUUUGCAAUGUGAGUGUUUCCAUUUUCUGUACUGUUUUGUGCAGCACUCCUUAAGUUAUUUUUAUUGAUUUCGGAGCCAAAAACUGGGGUUUUUGCAUGCAAAAAACUUAUGAAAUUUAGAGAGUUAAGUUGCGUAACGUUGGGACAGACGAAGUUAAUUAAAAACUGCUUGUUUCGUUUUUGAUAGAUAAUUGCAUACAGUUUCAAUGUUUCAGACAAUUUUGAGACACAAAUUCCAUAUGAAAAAUUGACUUUGGUGCUAUACAUCAAUUAGA